AUGGGUUUUAAGGAGGUUUUGAUCGUUACACUUUUCGUGAGUUACUCGACGGCGCAAAAUUAUCGAGUCUGCAUGGUCAACGCUAAUCCAGACCUCUGUGCAAACUUAGACAACGCUGGCAGUCAAGUGGUGUGCGACAAUGUUCAAUCUAAGCCUGACUGUGCUCUUCGAUUGGCGAGAGGUACUGCUGAUUUUGGAGUUUUUACUGAGGAGGAAACAAUGCUGCUAGCUCACCAAAUGCCACACGAAGCCCACGUGGUGGCGACUAUCCGGGACCUCACAAGACAAGAUACGUACGCCUUUGAAGCAGUAGCCAUAGUCCCAGCUACUCACACUGGUGGCUUUGAAGGCCUCCGCGGUGGUAAAUACUGCCAUCCAGGCUUCGAUCAAACUGAGCGGUGGUCGCCACGCGUGCUGAAGACUUUGGAAAAGCUGGUUGCUCGCACUGACCGCUGCCCAGACGCUGAUACGAGUGGAAAGACGGCCGAAGAAAUAGAAGUCGAUACUUUAAGCAACUUCUUCACCAGCGCCUGCCGCCCUGGACCCUGGAGCGCGAAUUUGACUGUUGAUGCUGAUCUCAAAAACCGUUAUUCUUCUCUAUGUUCGCUCUGUGGUGAGAACAACCUCUGCAACAAUUACUCAAUCAAUAUGGGACCCGCCAUCAACAAUGUGGACAAUAACAACAGACAUAUUCAAGCUUUGGAGUGUCUCAGAACGAACAAUGCCAGCACUGUUGCAUUCGUAGCUUGGCAACACGUUCGGACAUACUUUCGUGUCCGCAACCCCGAACUGGCAACAUCGUUUGCUGCACUCUGUGAAGAUGGCUCCUUAAGGGUUCUAUCUCUUUAUGCUUUAGGCGCAGUUACAGCUCCUUGCUCAUUUGUCAAACAACCCUGGGGCGCUAUCGUUGCAACCAGAACAAGAUCCUCUGAAGUUCUGAGCAGUUUGAAACAAUGGUGGCCACAUGGAGUAACCUUUGGCCCAGUCACUUGGCAAACAAUUCUGUUUAACGCCGUUAUUGGUGGAAGUAACGCACUAAUUACGUAUCAAGAAGAAUACCCUAUUACGGUUCUAAACUACACACAACCCAUUCGUAGCUUGCCAACCAUCGACUCCGCAGCCUCCUGCAUCCCUGCCCGUCGUUGGUGUACCAUCUCUCCUAAAGAACACGAAAAAUGCCAUUGGAUUCGCGGAGCGGCUUACACGCUCGGCAUUGAACCUACUGUUUCCUGUCAACUAAAAAACAACAUGUUCGAUUGUUUAGCUGAUAUCCGAGACAAUACUGGUGAUUUCGUGGUGUCUCAAGCUAAUUAUGGAUAUCUGGGUAGACAACACUACAGGCUUUCACCAGUGAAGUUGGUGGAGAACUCCCGCAGCUCACCGUCAUCCUUCACAAGAGUUGUUGCGUUGUUGAAAAACACCUCAAACAUCACCCGCUUUGAGAACCUACGCGGAAGAAAGGCAUGCUUCCCCGAAUUCGGUGGACUGUCGUACGUGGCGUUCCUAAGAGUGGCACAUGAGCGUUCCGUUAUCAGUAGUUCAGAGUGUGAUUACGCGCGCGCUGUCGGAGAGUUCUUCGAUAGUGCUUGUGCCCCCGGUGCGCUUGACAACUCACACUCACUUGCGGAAAGCUCAACAUACAACGCAACUAAUUUGUGCACUGUUUGUAAGCCAACUGUACCCAUACCAAGCGGUGAUGACUUUAUCUGUUCAUAUGACGAUACUAACAAGUACUAUGGAAAAAAUGGAAGCUUACACUGUCUCGCUGACCCGAACGCUGACAUCGCUUUCGUAGAACUUUAUAACAUUGAAGCCAAUCUCCAAGCCGCUGGUCUUCACCCGUCUCAAGUCCGCAUGCUCUGCCGCAACAACACCCUCGCCCUUUCGACUGGAGUAAAUCUCGAUCAGAACUGCCUGCUCGCCUUCGUAGUGGACUCCGAAAUUCUUGCUAGACGUAAUGAUCCUCUCGCGAAAAGCUUAAACGUCUUGCUGGACACCCUAGACUCACACUUCGGCUACGUCUCCAAUUUCCGCCUGAUUGACCUAAGAAUGUACUCAUCAUUCGACGGGGUCAGCGAUUUGUUGUUUAGGGACACAGCGAUUGGUGUCUCGGAGCCUACUAACGCGAUGAAUGAACCGACGAAGAAUUAUAACGAGUUGUUCCAACAUCUGGAAUCCUGUACGGGGUCAGCUUCACCCAUGCCGGGCCUUGGGACGAAGAACUUCUUCUCCAUAGUCACCCUGAUUGUAAUGUCGAUUAUGACACGUAUACUUAUGUUUUAA